AGCACGGAAAGAUUAAAAAUUACUAAGAUAUUUAAAAGCCAAAUCCCUAUAGAUCGCCACUAAACAUGAAUUCUCGAAGUCCAAAGCGAAAUCCUGCAACCCACCAUAACAAUAACAACAAGUUCAGCCCCCUCGGAAUCCAGGAUCCAAUCUCCGACCUCAAUUCUCGAAGUCCAAAGUGAAAUCCUGCAACCCACCCUAACAAUUACAACAAGUUCAGCCCCCUCGGAAUCCAGGAUCCAGUCUCCGACCUCAGCUCGAUAGCCAUCAUGGACUAGGUAAGGAACUGUUCCAGUUCCCGUCGAUUUCCUCUUAGAUAAAUAAUAUACCAGCUGUCCAUCUGGGCAAGGGUUAAGUCGGCAACCAUAAAAGAAUCACAGGAGUGACACAAGGAAGAGAUUAUAAGUCAAAGGAUUGAGUCAUAAUCAUAAAGCAAACGCACCAGCGGCAGAACAAAAAAGGAAAAGUUAAAGAGUCAGGCAGGACUGGACGGGCGCACGGCUGUUGCGGCGGCAGGAGCUCGGGUGGCCUCUUCGCUGCGCUUGUUGGCCGUGCUGCUAGGUCUUGCAGGCCGUGGACUCUGAGUUCUGACUACAUGGCGCCCUCGGCCGCUGAGGCAGCGGCGGCGGAGUCGGUGAGCGGCUGCCUUCUCGUGCUAUACGCCUCGCAGACUGGGAACGCCAUGGAUGUUGCCGAGCGUAUCGGUCGCGAGGCAGAGCGUGGUGGCUGCCCUGCCGUCGACGUCAUCUCCAUGGACAGCUUUGAUCCCAGUUGCUUGCCGAGCGAGAGGUUCGUGGUCUUCGUCGUGUCCACUACGGGGCAGGGUGACCCCCCGGAUUCCAUGAAGGGGUUUUGGAGAUACCUGCUUCGGAAGGAUCUGGGCGAGCAAUGGCUUGAGGGGGUCCGUCAUGCAGUCUUUGGGCUCGGGGAUUCAGGUUACCAGAAGUACAAUUUUGCUGCAAAGAAGCUUGAUACAAGGCUUUUAGGUCUUGGUGCAGAACCAAUUGUAGAGAAAGGUUUGGGAGAUGACCAACACCCUUCAGGAUAUGAAGGGGCUUUAGAUCCUUGGUUGCUAUCUCUGUGGAAAUCUCUGAAUGAAACAAAUCCGUUACUCUUACCUAGAGUAUCUGAUAUCACAGAUCCUAAUUUGAGUAUUUUGGGGGAUCCAAAAGUCCAAGUCAUCUAUUACUCUUCGAAUGAGGUUCCGCAAGAUUCCAAAAUGCCAGACCCCAAGAAAUUAAUCAAGAGUGCAAGGUCAAUGUCCCCUGCGCUACAGUUCCAUGAUAAUGGAGAGCCACCUUACAUGCUUCAACUGGUAACAAAUCAGCGUUUGACUAAGGAGGGUUCUGACAGAGAUGUUCGCCACUUCGAAUUGGAAGAUCCAUGUUCUGGCAUCAGUUAUAAAAUUGGUGAUGCUCUAGAAAUUCUACCAAGUCAAAAUCCAUCGGCUGUUGAUGCUUUCAUUGAACGCUGUAACUUGGAUCCAGAUUGUUACAUAACGAUUAGAGCGAAAGGUGGGGAUAAAGUUUCCAAGGGUUCUGUUGUGAAUAGCCUGAUGGACCACAUCAAAUUAAAGACCUUUGUUGCUUUGACAAUGGAUGUUGCAUCAGCUUCCCCUAGGCGGUAUUUCUUUGAGGUCAUGAGCUUUUUUGCAACAGCUGAACAUGAAAAGGAAAAGCUUCAGUAUUUUGCUUCUCCUGAAGGAAGAGAUGACCUUUACCAGUACAAUCAGAAGGAGAGUAGGACUGUUCUAGAAUUGUUGGAGGAUUUUCCCUCGGUGCAAAUGCCUUUUGAAUGGUUGGUGCAACUAACACCUCCAUUGAAGAAAAGAGCCUUUUCCAUCUCAUCAUCCCCAUUAGCACAUCCAAAUCAAAUACACUUAACUGUUAGCAUUGUAUCAUGGCUUACUCCUUUCAAGAGAACACGACAUGGACUCUGCUCUACUUGGUUGUCUGGGCUCACUCCAAGUAAAGACAAUCUUAUCCCGUGUUGGAUACACCAAGGAUCCCUGCCUCCUCCACGUCCAUUGGUUCCUCUUGUGCUGAUUGGACCAGGAACUGGAUGUGCACCAUUCCGUGCAUUUGUGGAGGAAAGGGCUGCGCAGACCGCAGCAGAACCAACAGCUCCAGUUCUAUUCUUCUUUGGCUGUAGAAAUCAAGAUAAUGAUUUUCUAUACAAGGAUUUCUGGUUAACUCAUGCCCAGGACGAGGGCGUGUUGUCCUCAAAAAAAGGUGGUGGUUUAUUUGUUGCUUUUUCCAGGGACCAGCCUCAAAAGAUCUAUGUACAACACAAGAUAAAGGAACAGAGUGCAAGAGUCUGGAAUUUAUUAUGCUCCAGAGCCGCGGUGUACAUUGCCGGCUCUUCUACAAAAAUGCCUGCUGAUGUUACAGCCGCACUAGAAGAAGUUGUCUGUAAAGAAGGUGGUGUUAGAAAAGAGGAUGCCUCAAAAUGGCUCAGGACACUAGAAAGGGCUGGCAGAUUUAACAUUGAGACUUGGUCAUAGUUGUGGUGGUUUCUAAUCAACCGGGACAAGAAAGUACGUAGUAGUAUGGGAAUUCCACAAUUGUUCGCAGGGUAUGGAACUAAGUAGAAUUUCUGUGUAGAUCAAUGGUGUUGAAAAUGUAGAAACAUAUACAUGUGCACGUGCGUACAGACAAGCAACCAGUAAUUCUUGGAACAGAACAAUUUACAACGGAAGACACAUGAUCUUCCCUCAUUUAGUGCUCUGUCAGGAAGGUCAUUUCAUUUGAAAUUGGGUGAGAGCAGUAUGAUUACAUCAGCUUUUGUUGUAUUUGAUUGUUAUGUGCGUUCAACUUGUCCAGCAGUGUUUCUAUUCGUUUA